AGGUGAAAUCCAACCUUGGCUUUUUAAUUGGCUUACACCCCCCAGCCCCCACAUGUGUUUGAACGCCGAGAUGACGUCACAGCAGGUCGACCACUUGCCCCUGUUUCUCCACAUUGAUCGACUCUACGUUAUUUCCUGCAGAUCCGCUGUCGUGGGUCGAUACUACGCUGCGUGUUCACAGCCAAACCCUCCCCUCCUCUCCUCUCCAUCCCCACGCCCCGUCUCGUCCCAGUGAAUGAGGAUUUAGUUUUUCUCCCUGUUUUUAACCUCUUAUUUCUGGUUUCCCGUCACUGUGGCUCACAGCAGCGCUUUGGCUGCGGUGUGAGCUGAAAACACACACGUUAUGGAGAUGUUUUGAAGAAGAGGGGGGAAAGAAGGACCACAGCAAAGCAUCUGCCUUCCUGCAUCUCCUCCGCCACUGGGAUCAUGAUCCACCCCACACCAUGGCGAGUCCUGCUGCUUUUAACCGUGCUGUACCAGCCAGGGAAAACAGAAAAAUACGGUAAGAUGAUGAUGGUGAUGAUGAUGUUGAAGGAUACUGAUGAUGGCAUGGGCUUUAUCAGAAGUCAUGUUAUAUCCCUGACAGCCUUGUGCUCUCGCAGCAGGUACAUGAUGUUUCCAAGUAAUGACUCCGCAGUGAUCUCAUCCGGAUACUUUAUCCCCUGUAGCAUCGCUCUUAUGUGGCUGUGUUUAUCCUAAACUCGGUGGUAUAUAUUUGUGUAUCGCCUGUGUGAGUGUGUGAUUUCUUCAUAUAAAUUGGGGUCUAAAUUAUCUGACAUACAGAGAUGGCUGCAAGGAUAGAUAAGGAGGGUUUGGGAAAUGAAGCUGAUGUGAGGGAGAGAUAGAGGAUGAAAAUGAAAGGAUAGAUAAAAACUAGUAAGCAGCUCAUAGUUUAUUUUGCUGAGAGCAUAGGAGUAAAAACAACAGACUAAUGACAAACAUUAAAUAUGAGACUGCUGUCACUGCUAAAGAUGUAUUCCUGUAAAUUAAAGAAAAUAAUAAUAAAGAUAUAAUAGCUGUAAAAGCUGCAGAAUAAUUUACAGCAGCUUGCAUAAAUUCAAUAUAAGCCAUAAGUUGUGAAAUAUUUUCAUUUAUUUGAGAUGGCGGCACAGAAACAUAAUUAAGCAUCAGUGACAUUUGACGUUUGGUUAAGAUUGAAAAUGGCAGCAGUGAUGGUUUCAGCUGAACUCUUUAACGCUGACUUUAGCACAGCAGAGCAAAAUUAAAUUACUUUUCAAAAUGCAGAUUGAAGCAUUGACAUGGUAUAAUUAGAAAUCAAUACAAGGAUGCAACAAGUGUAUUAUUUCCCUCAUCUUCUCUAGACUUACACUUAAAGAUAGAGUUUUUUAGUAGUAUUCAUUCCAAACAGAUCAAUAUGAAUAAGUCUCUCUGACAUGUGUAGGUGGAGGAUUGUCAAGCUUAGAGUGUGUUUAUUCAUUCAGAGAAAGGCCAAAUGUUUUUGUCUUUGCCUCGAUAAACACAAGUUAGCUGGAUUUUUCACCACUGUCAGUUCCCCUCAAAACUGUAUAUACUGAGUCAUUUGAAUAUUUCACUGAAAACAGAAAAUACUGAUUUAAUUCUGUUGUUUCUGCAUUGACUUUAAGUAGAAAUUAAACACUAAUCAGAAAUCAAUAUCAAAUUAUAAUAAAAAGCAAUAACACUGAACAGUUGCCUGCUCAGUGUGAUGCCUUUCUGCAAAAAUUCAGCACCAUGGAGAGAAACCAGUAACCAGUGAUGCUUCCUUCUGUCCAUUCAUCCAUUAACAUCUCUUUGCUUCCAGCUCUGCUCUUUUAUACAAACAUCCAUCACAAUCUUUGAGCAGCUAUUCACUCACACAUCAGACUAUCAGUGUGAUGUCCAUGUCAAAGCUGUCAUCUCAGGAGCCGGUCUAUCUUAAGUGAUUGAUGUCCUGUUGCUAUGACAAAUACGAUGUGAUAGUUCAGGUUUCCCCUUAAUUUGUCCAUCAUGUUUCUGAGACUCCAACAAGCCUUAAAGCAAUAAUCCACACCAAAAUAAACACAACACCAUUUUAAGUUUAGACAUCUGGACUAUAAUAUGUUUAAUUCUUUGUUUAAGCUCUAUGUUGUUUGUUGACUAACUCUACCAGCUGUCUUUUCCUGGACAAUCACUCUGUGUUUCAUGACUAGGACUGACAUUUCCACUCAGUACCUUCUCAGAUAAUGUUAAUGUCAGUGCCUUUGUGAGUCCCUGUGAGCUACAGUUAGACAGAUGCCUCUUGACUCAGCGUCGAUGCAGCUGUAUCCAUUUAUGUUUUUGCUGUUUUUUUAAGUCAAAUAUUUAAAUAUGGUAGAAAUGCACUGAAACAGUCAAACACUUUUUAAGCAGUCAUCAAGUUUAUCCUCAGAAGUCAGGGUUACAUUUAGUGCAGGUUACUUAACAUAAAGUAAAACGAGAGAACAAUUUACCUCUCCUGUUCAGAAUGUAUUCUCAGGUUUAAAAGGUUUAAAAGGUUAAAGGCAACAAAGUACGUUUGUGAAAAAAAAAAAGUGUUUUUCCACAAAGAAAGUAGACGUGAGUCACUCAGACCUCCUUCAGGAUCUGCGUCACUUCACUAAGCAGCAGGGAAAAUAGCUGUCAGUCUUUUUUUGUACCAGUUUAUCAGGAACACAUUCUGCCAGCAACACAUGCACUUUUUUUUAUUUUUUUUUUUAUAUGAUUAAUUACUGAGAUGGUAUAUCUGUCAUAGCCAUCCCCAAAUUGAUUUUGUGAAUGGUUUACUGUUAUUUGGCAAAGACAAACAAACAAGCAAACAAUUUAAUUGCAAUAUCAGAGAAAGACCUUCAGAGUUAUCUUUGUAAUUUGUGCUGUUUUAUAGUUUUAUCGAUCUGAUCUACCUUCUGCCAUGAAACCCUUCCCGUACUGUUGGACACCCUAAGGCCUCUGCUCACCACUAAGAACUUCGGUCACAAAUGGAAAUCAAGUACAAACCAAUGGCCGAAAAUAAUUAAGAAAAAUUAUAUUCCUGAAUUAACUAGUCAUUAACUGGAACAUUGUUCACAGAACAAUAACAUUUCUAAAACUAGCCUAUGUGUAAGUUGACAGAGUUCCAAGUACUACAUUUUACAAAAUUUUACAAAAUUUAGUUAUUUCUUUUAUAUUUCAAAGGUGCGUAUUUUCAACACUUGCUUGCAAAAUCCUUGUGCACUUCGUAUUCUAAUCAUUAUCAAUGAUGUUGGUGUAUAGCUGCUUAGAUGUCUCUGCAGUGGGAAAAAUCCCAAAAUUCACUUUUAUGAUUUUUUGGAUCAAGGCUUUCAGAAAUUCAGAAAAGGUUUAAAUGCAGAUGACUGUCCUCAACUAGAGGGACUGUAAAAGUGUCCUUGGACUAUUAUAUAAAAGUGUUAUAAAUGGUAAUUGCAGUGAAGGUGGGCUUAGACAAUAGCUGCAAUUUAAUAUGACAGAUUUUUGUGUUUUUGUAACCACUGUUCAGAACAUUUGAAGCAAAUUGCAAUGAGUAAUCCAGGGUGAGACUCAUUUUGUUGUGCUCUCAUUACAACCUCUUCAAAUGUGGAUUCAAUCAGUGGUUGCUAUGGAAAUGGCUGUGGAAGUCUUUACUCUGAGUACCUGUUGGCCUUGUGUCUUUCCACAUCAGGUUGCCUGUUUGAGAGAAAGCUGUGCACGAGGGAUCAGUUCUGCUCUGAUGGUGAGUGAAGCACACAAAAAACACACACAGAUGCAUGUUCAUAAACUUUCAAAACAGACUGUCCUGCAUCCUUUCUAACCUCUACAGCAUUAAAAAUGAUUAACCCUGCAGCACACACAUACACACAAUCGCAUGCAAACAUGCUGACACAAACAGUAUCGACAAAAAUGUACAAAAACACAUCAAAGAUUUUCUCCCUCUUAGCCCAAUGUAUUUGUCUCCCUCUCUUCUAUAACCUGCCCCUCUCCCUUUCCCCAUCUAUAUCCAAGCCCCUCCCCCAUUCCACAGUCUCCAUGGUAACACUGACAUCACAGUGAGGUCGACACCCCCACAGUUGUUGUGCUAAUACAGCGAUGAGUCACUGACACACACUUACGCACUUGUCUGUGGAAAUUGCACUUGCGCACACGCACAGUAAUUGGGCAGAAUAGAGAAUGGAUAAGCAUGCUUGCAGACACUGACGGAUUUAUUGAUGCACACUUGAGGGACUGAGGUCGAAACACCAGAGAGAAAUAUUUUGCUUCAGGUCAGAGUGACUGAAAUCAGCCCUUUCUCUCUUUCAUUCUCUCUUUCUGACCCUAUGCCUCUUCAAUGCAAACUGAGCUGCAAACAAUCUCUGUGUUCUUCUGUCACCAACCACAAAAAAAUAAUAAUAACUGGCCUCAUUUUCAGUCUAAUGUCAAAUACAGUGCAACUGCUGCAGUAUCUGUACAUGCAUUCUGUCCUACAUAUAGAGAAGAAGCAGCCAGAGUGUCGAGUGUAAACAAACUGGUCACAGAGAUGUUAGAGUACAUGAGGCUACUGGGAGAACAGUGAAAUCAGAGUCUUUGGGGUUCUUCAUGAACUUCUGCAACCACAAUCAUAUCCAAAUGUUAUAAUUUACAGCCUGUGUUUGGCUAAUAAGCAAAAUACAGUGCAACACAUUGCAAUAAUAUGUCUAUAAAAAGGAUAGUUGAUGACAUAAUUUAAGAGACCUGUAAGUGGUAAGGAGGGGUGUCUUGAAUUUAUAUAACUACAGCAUAAUACAACAGCUAUUACAGAGCUCAUGCAUUUUAAUAGGCUUGUCAUAUUAUUGAGGAUACAGGGUGGGUUUAACAUUGACAUACUAUUGACUCACUGACAUUAUGAAUCAUAUCUUACACAACUAAGCACGUCAUCCACAUCCUACCAGCAGACCAGCUCACAUGAAUAUACACUGACCUGUGAUGGUCAGGGUGUCUGUCACUGAGGUGCUUGUUGAGGCUUGAAGUGUGACCUCCCUGAAUGACACUGUUUUGUAGCAUUUUUGGCACACAGGUUUAAUUGGUCAUGGGUUCACCAUUAGGUUCGGCUUCAUAGACAAAUAAUCAAACAGAAUACUUAGGCAUAGGAUACAGAAGAAUCACUCUAUAAGAUAAAUCCCUGUUGCCUCAGUAGUGGGCAUGUUAAAGUGGAGGUAUUGCUUUUCUAUUUCUGAGCGCUGUGUAAACAGGAACGACUGCCGAAGUCCCUGAGCACUGACUGUCUGACAUGCCUUCCUCACUGGAGGUUCAUCUUAGUCCACAAUUUUGGUAUGCCAUGCAAAACUAGCACUGAUCAACGCAGACAGGGUAAACCCCUCAGAGUUUGUACUUUUGGUGAUGCUUGGACCCAGAUCAUCACUAUUUGGUCCUCAAAUCUAUACACUAACCCACUUACCCAGGACUGAAUUUUCUCUUGCUCUGUGACAAGUAACGUUUAACAGCUCAUAUACUUUUUUACUCACUUUCUGGAGCAGCCAUGUUUGCAGAAAGAUUGUAAAAAUGAGGUUUAUGCUUGUGAAUUUCAAGACGCUUUAAUUUUUUGGUUGAGAUCCUUUGACUUAACAAAUAUAAAAGACAGUAUAUUUGCCUCAGAAAAGAGCAGGUAACUGUUUGACAGUGUGCACUCUGGAGUGAAGUUGUACAGGAUUAUGGGUGCUGAUGUGAAAAGGAUAGUAUAGGGAUGUCUCACAGGUUCAGUUGUGCUAUGGACCAGACAUAUAAUGACUACGUAGAAGAUGCAGAGAUGCUGCAGUGUUGCAAAAGUAUAAAUAUCAGUUAAACAGGCCACAAACAGAAGGAAAACAUCUAUUAGUUUAGAUUAAUAAGGUUAAGUGCUGGAUAAUUUGCAGUGAUGAAUAUUUGAAAGUAACUGGCGUAAGAUCAUGUAUUUCACACCUCUGAAACACUGAGGACAGUGAUCCCAGCUCAUUCGGUAGCAUCUUGCAGUACUUUUAUGCAGCACACACCACUCUGUGAUGCCCUGUGAUUUCUGCUCACUGCACAGCACAGCCUUCUCUCCCUGCAGCAAACCCCAGACUGUGACUUUUCUUCGAGUUUAAGUUCUUCUCUUAAGGGCCAGCUGCCUGCCUGCCAGAAGUGAUACACAAGAUUGAUUGUGUCUCAUGUGUUUUGCUGUGCAAUAUGGAACGCACAGCAUCUUUUUGGUUGUCUCAGCAGUUGUUUCUUUGCAGUGUUUAUGUGUGUGACAGCCACUGUUACAGGCUGGUAUUGCUUUGGUUUUGUGCCAGGUAGAUAAGGAGUUUUUGCCUUGUUUAACCUCCACUCAGAGACAGUCAGAGGUGGACUUUUUGUGGUUUGUUCUUGUCACGUUUGUGUUGCUGUGAGGGCUCUUUUUCUGUCUUUAUCCAGCAUCGAUUGUGCAAUAAAUCCUGGGGUCCAGCUGCAAUAUUUAUGCCUGGAUCAUGGCCAUGGCCAUGUUUUUCUUAAAGUGUGCAUGGAGUCCUUUUGAGUGUGACGCAUGAAGCUACUAAGGUCAUAUAUUGACAUAUUGAGUAGUUGAAACACUCCGGACUUGUUAACAAGCUUGAAGCAGCUGUAAGAUGCUGAACAGGUGGAUGUUCAUCAUGCAUCCAGAUGGUCCACAAAGAAAUACACAUGCACAUGAAAAAGGACAUUUAAGAUAAGACACAAAAAGCCACCUCUGUUUUGGUGAUCAACUCUUUGAAGGGGAUAAAAACAUAGUUACUUAAUGAGGAAAAUGUAAAGACUUUAAAUUUUUUUAAAUGCAUUUUACAACCAACAUUUAAAGGCAUGUGUGAGUUUGAACACCUGAUAAAUACUAGUUGCUAGUCUACUAGUUGAACGGUAAGAAAGCCUAACCCUAACUGAGCACAGUUUAUUUUACAUGGCUGAACGAAGGAUCACAUUGUCUCAGAGUUCACAAUGUCAAACUAGUUUUCAAGGAAUAGCAAAUGUUAGCAGAGUUAGCAAUAACAGCGUUGCCGAUUAAUCUCCACAUCUCUGUGCUGGAUACAUAUAUUUUUGGAUAAGUGCUCAAUAAAUUAGACACUGCAUACAUACAACAUUUUAAUCAAAAUAAGGCAAAACCCCACAGUGCUGAGUGACACCUCAUAUCUUCUAUGCAUGUUUAAAUCAGGGUAGUAAACCUUCGUAGCAUGAUUGAUGUAGCCCUUACCUGGAGUUACAGCCUGGACUAAAGUAUAAGGUGCUCUUCCAUGGGGUCAUGUUUACCCUCUUAGCACAGCAUAUUCCACUUAUCUGAUAGAAGUUCAGGACCAGAGGGAUCUAUGGCAGGUGUUAAGCAAGGCUUUUAACUUCAACAAGGUUUGUCAUCUCCAAUAAAUCACUUCAAUUUUGCAUUUCCACAUUGAGAACCAGACAAACCAGACAAACUGAUCUUUUAUGUCCUUCUGGCUGAUAUUAAGUCAUUAAUUGAUUACAAAUAAGUUUGGCUAUUAAUUGGUUUUUGAGUCACUAUGAGCCCUUACAGACCCUUAACAACACUAAAGACAUAUAAUGAUUCGCCUUUAAUUCAUGAUUACUGAAUUUUCUAUUUUUUUACAAUAACAGUUACAGUGUUAACGAUUGAAGUGACACUGUGCAGCUAAUAAAUCCAGAUAUCCCCCAAUCAUGGUUUAUUAAGCUAUAGAUGUUUUAGCAUCUCCUGUUUUUGACAUUACAACUCAAGGAUUGCACACAAAACCAAAAACUUAUACCAUUUAUUAAUUAUUUUUUAAAUAGUGAUAUGUUUGUUAUAAUGUAAUAUACUUUGGCUUCAGGGCUUCCAUGAGCUUCACCUACAGAAGAAAAAUACUUGGUUUUAUGUCACAGUUCAUUUGGAGCAUUGUUUUUUUUACAUUAUAUUCUUUUAACCAAACAAUGCAUUUCCUCCAUAGAACAGAUCCCCCUGUCCAGCACUGAAUGCUGCCACACUUCACUGUAGCCUAUAUCCCCAGUGCAAAUAUGAUAUCCACAGAAAUAAGCAAAGCUCCAGGAAUAGUCCCAAUCCAAUCAAACCAUGCCGUUUGCUGCCUCCUCUCCAUUCAUCUUUCAAUCCUCUUCCUUUCCUCCAUGUCCCUCUUCUCCCUGUCAUCACUCAGCUCUCCACCAGGAAUAUGAACCACUCUGCCUCUGCAAUUCAAUACCACAAUACAAUAUCCUGUGUCACAUCAAAUCACAGGCAAUGCUGGUAUGUAAUUUGAUUUGGGGUUUCUCCGACUGGGAUGGAAAAUAUUUAUGGAAAGCUGCUCAGUGGAGGGAAAAACUAUAGUUAAGAAUUAAAGCUGUCUGUCUUUGUCUUCAACAGACAAUUUCUGUCAAAUCUUCAAGGAAAGAUCAACUCAAAUAACAAUAAAUGACAUUUAAAUGUUGAUGUGCUCACUCUUUUAUACACCCGGUGGUGACAGAGAAUCGGAGUCACUGUUAACUGGCUUUAUAAAUACAUGAAUCCUCUCUAAUCUCUACCAGUUUUAGCUGGUACAGAGAGACACAGUGAUGACUCAUCAGUGCGCUGGAUAAUGCAAAGUCUGCCCCGCUUUAUCUUUAUUCCAAACACAACUCACUUAUGGAAGCUGAAAGUUUAGGUGCUCAUUCCUUACCUGCUUACAAAACUAUCAUUCCCUUUAUGAAUAGCUUUCUGCAGUGAUAUAAGCAUCUGUAAGUACUAGCUCUGUGGAGCAGAGAUGAUGCAUCAGCUUCUUCACGCAGAUCAGUUGAUGCAUGAAAUUGUGUGGGCAGAGGUUGUCGUAUUGUGUAGAAGCAGCACAUUUUUUUUUACUGCAGUUGAUCCAAACUGAUGAAUCUGCGAACGUCAUAUAAAAACAGUUCACAGAAUAUAAUAUUCAGGUUGUCUAGAGGUUAUGAUCAGCUUCUGCCUUAUGGAGGCAGAACCUCAUCUAAAGGAACUCGACAGGUAGGCGAUGUGUGUGGGCUGAACUUCAAAAACUAUGACUCACUGCUGCGGGGUAGUGUUGUGUCGGCCAACAUAAGAACCACAGCUAACACAAGGCUCUGCGCUGUCCCUGAAGGGCAGCUUGAUGUAAGUAUUUGUGCUGAACUUUGCACAAAGACGAUAAAAACUUUCAUCGAUGCAUUGUUAAGUUCCCUGUCAUUGAGCUGCCAUUGUAGAAAAGCACUACAAGCACAAACACUGGCUUUGUUAUAUGUGAGUGUUCCAGUCAGCCCAGACUGCGUGAUAGUGAGUCAGCAUGUAUAACACCAAAGCUCUGACAUUAAAGCUGUUAAAUUCAUCCUUAAUUUAAAGUUCAAUUUCCACCAUGCCUUCACUGCUGUUUCAGGUUAAAAUGGGGGAAAAAUCAAUUUAAAAAUGAUCUUUGCAGACAAAAAAAAAAAAAAAUUGUUGAUGUUAAAGUUUUUGUCUGUGUGUUUUUCCAGAUGGGCUGUUCGGUCAGUGUCGUAGCUCUAAGCAGGACCAGAUCCAGUACCAGGUGACAGUCCCUGUACUCAAGAGGAUGCAGGAAGUCCUCAAACAGCUCAUGCUACAAGGUAAGACACUACAAUCAGGAUGUUACCACCAGCUUGAUCUUACUGUCUGUAACAUGGACAGUAUAAAACACUGACACCAAAGCUGGCCAUACUGGAAAUGCUUGCUCUAUAGUACUUCUUGCUUAUCUCUACACUGGCUUAGAGCUGGAGUAAGCAAAGCUGUAGUUGGCAUAAAGAUGGCAUUUAACUAUAAUACAGUUCCCAUGGCUGUUGGAGACAGCGUCAAGUAGUUACUUAAAGUAUUGCUGUUUUUUGCAUCUCUGUACUGGUUUUAUUUUUCUUAGCCUGAGGUCAUGACUUGGUCUGUAUUUUUAAAUCAUGAUCAAAAAAGCAGAGUUAACAUGUUGACUGGAUAAAAAGUGGACUCGCAACCAGCACUACUAACAAUCUGACGCAGGACUGCCACUUUUAAAUUCAAACCCCUGGCAUGUUUAUGUUUUUGGUGUAGUUCAGCUCACAACCAGAUGCCAAUACUCUUUCCUGUCCUCUACAAUUGGUCGUUGUAAUUCAUACCAGAAUCUAAAAUAAAUUAUCCAUGUCCCACCAUGUGAAUCAUAUGUAAUAUUAUAUUUAUUAAUUUGUUUUUGCUGGAGGGUAAGGUUAAAUUUAAAAGGACUCACAAGUCUUCAUGGUGUUUGAAAAACACAGAAUAUCUGUGUAAAAAAAAAAAAGAGGACACCAACUUUUCAACACACAGAACAGCAAGUGGUUAUAAGCAGCUGCAUAUAUUUCCACCUAAAGCACUGGCAGGCACUAAAUGCAAACUACAUUUACAUGUGAAAGUGAUCAGUUAUUCUUGUGUCUUCUUUUUUUUUUAUUUUUUUCAAAAAAAUCAAAUCGUCAAACAAAAGAAAAUAGAAAUUUGGUCCAAAGGAUAAGUACAUAGUCCGCCUGUUUGCCAAAAAUAAAUCCAACCAAUACUAUCUGAUUUAUUGCAAGUUUGGAGCACAGUGCUGGGCUCCACAACAGCCUGAUACAAUCAUCGUUAUAGAUAUUAAAUUAGUGUAAGCGAAAAGAACAGAGCACCUGUAAAUACACUGCAGAGUCUCUUUGGUCAUGGUAGCAGUGGUGACCUAGUGUGCACUUUAGGAUUCUGGCAAACAUACAAAAACUUCAACUCAAUGAGAAUUGAUUUCAGACAAUCUCUGGCUUAUCUGCCUCUCACUCCCUUCAGUCUCACAGCCUCUGUGGUUGGACUUAAUUGCUGUGUGCGUGUGUUUGUGUUUGUGUCUGUGUGUGAAGGUCUUUCCUGGCAAGAUGACAUCACCCAGUAUAUUUUGUCAAAGGAGCUGAAAAGAGUCCCCCACACUACCCAGCACUAUAAACAGAACUCCUCCUCCUCCUCCUCCUCUUCCUCUCGUUCCUCUCAGUAAGUGCUCUUCAGUUACAGUGAUGACAUCUUACACAAAACAAAUGAGUCAAAAGAAGGAAUGAGAUCCGUCCAUUCAUUUCACACUGAGUCUCCAUUCAUAAUCCUGUCCUCCUCCAUCCCUCCCUCCUUUCAUCCUGGCUGCAUCCAUCCUAAUCCUCUCUUUGUUUCUCCCUGGGUUGCCAGGUCCAAACAGCAUAUCCCUCAACACCACAGUUCAAAGUCUGGGUCCACCACUCAUGGUGGCAACUAUCUGGACUACAUGAUUGUGGAGCCUCCUCAGACCCCGCUACACAUGCAGACAGCCUCAAUGGACCCGUACACAUACCACCAGGUGUGCACACACUCUCACACACACACAGUAACAUCUUUAUCUUUUGUCAACAUGCACAUGAUAACUACAAAAUGCCAAUUUAAUGUCUUUCUUUUUUCCAGCAUCGAUUCCAGGAUGAAGUGGAGAGAUCACUCAUUGGAGCAGGAAGCAAUUACGCCCGCCCCUCUUCAAGGUCCCAGGCCAAUCAGAGAGAGCGAGACCGUGACAGGCAACUGCUACAGGAAGCCUUGUCUCUCUACCUGGCAUCUCCACAGCCAUCAUACCGCCAUCGAGGGCCUGCUUCCAUGGCUCCUGCAGGUAAACAAGAGUUUUCUUGAAAUUGAAACUCAUGUGUCAAAAGCUGUUUAGGAUUCAGGACACAUAAAAACAUUCAACUGCUACAGAAUCAGAUAUUGCAUUGCAACUAAAUAUGAAGUACAGCUUAUGUUUAGUUUAGAAUACGGAAGAAAACAGUUACAUACAUCUUAUCUAACCAGUUGUGUUUAUCAUUAUCAUUAACUUUGUUUUGAGCAGGUCUACCUUAUUAUGAGGAGCUGGACCUGGAGAUACCUGUGGACUAUGCUGAAGAGUACACCCUAGAGGAGAGACUUGACACUGCCGGCAGACAACAAGCCAUGCAGAAUAAAAAAGCUCCUCAGGAUUUCAGUGCUCUGCCUGGAAACAAUGGUGAGGAAAUACACUUUGUCUUGUACAAACUAAAUCUGUCCAGAAAUGUACAUCUUUUUCAUGUGAAGAUUAGAAAUCUAAACAGGAUAUAGCAGAGACAAAUCAAACUUUACUAUUUUCUGUUAGAUGGUCUGCUCCAGAGGAUGUCAGGGGUCCUGCAGAGGUAUGGGGUCAACCCCAGGGAGCUCAGCCAGGAGCAGCUCUAUAAGUUAGCCCUUAUUCUGCAGCUGCUGCAGGCCCAGGAAAAACCAGGUACUGUGAUUCAAUCGUCAUGUGUUCUGUAAAAGGUGGACAGAUUUUCCUGCAGAUGUUACAGAAAAUGGAUCCACGGAGGUCUUUUGCAUGUUUGACACAAAGGGCUCUGCACAAAGUAUUCAGUAAAAGUAACAUUUAUAUUUUCUACCUAAAGCUGUUGUCUUUUUCAUGCGUGGUUUUCACAUUAUGUAAAGUAAUGAGUGAACUUGCACCUGCGAGUGAGAUAGUGAGAUAAGAAACAGCACAGAAAUCUGCAGCAGGGUCCCCAUUAAUAAUAGAAUAUCAGUGUUUUUAUUGUUACUGUGAUAUUGUUGUUUUUAUAGGGGGAAGGAUGGUUGGUACACAAGAUUAUUUCCCCUCAUCUUUAUACAUCAUGAUCCUGUUCUGGUUUUAGUCACCAAGCAUCAGGCACUCUUUCAAACUUAUGCAGAAACAGACUCUGACAAAGACAUGCUCACACAUGCUGUCAGGGUGACUGAGAUGGUGCCCACAAAUGUUAAUUAGCCUGAACAGUAUCCAUGACACAAAUGGGAUCUUACAGCCUUCCUCUCUUUGAUUUGAAGCACACUGGACAUUUGCCAUCAGUGAUACUGUCAGCAUGUCCUGAGUUACUUUGUUUUGCUUGGUGUGUAAAUUUACACAUCUGUGUCGAUAUGAUAAAUGAGGCUGACACUUGUUUGAGCAUUUUUAUCUUAGUGUAUACUUGAAAUCAUUACUUUGACUCUCUUUCCAGUAGAUCCAAUUGAAAAAGACCUCAUCUCCCUCAAGGAGGUAUGUAAGCAUCCUUUUGUCUGCAGUGUUCAAUCAGUGCUCAUUCAUGGUUUUCAUUGACGUGGUUUCCCAUCAUCCCCCUUUAGAUGCAGUUGUUAAAAACAGACAGUGUGUCCAAUAAGCCAGAGAAGCCAGCCCCUGUCUCUCGCCCCCCUGAGACCCCUCCUGCCCCCUCCUCACUUUCUGUCCCGGCUACACCUCCUGCCAAGAGUGCCAGCCUCCCCCCGUCUGCCUCCCAACCCCCGCAGGCCGCUCCUGUUGGCGCCGGACAGGGCUCCAAGGAGCAGGUGCCACCACUAGUCGAGGGAGCGGGAGGCAAGGAGGAGUAUGGGUACAUUGUUACAAACCAGAGGUCAGUCAAAAAAAUUAAAUUAGUCACAUUUAAAUUCAUAUAACAGGAAUAUGAGAAUUUUUAGACAUGCUAACAAGGAUUAAUGAGGAUGUUUUCCUUUUUAGUCCUCUCAGUUUGUAUGACGGUGUGAAGCUGUUGGAGCUCCUAGCUGAUAAGAUACAUCUGACGACCAGCAGCUUCAUUAACAUCAGGUAGCACCAGUAUUUUGUGUGUGUGUGUGUGUGUGUGUGUGUGUGUGUGUGUGUGUGUGUGUGUGUGUGUGUGUCAUGAUGCUGUAAAUGUGACUAUUCUAAUCAAUAAGGUCUGUUGUGGUUUUCAGCAAGUGUCCCUAUGGCUUUUUGUUCCCAGUGUGGUUGGUCCUGCGCUGACGUUCCGUAUCCGCCAGAAUGAGCACAACAUGACGGCUGCAGAGGUGGCUGCUAAAGCUGGUGAGGCUCAAAACAUCACACACACUAGCACACUAACACCUACCCACCCGCAUGUACAUACAGGCAUGAAGUGAGAAGUAUGUGGGCUGUUGUAAUGUCACUCCAUUUUACAGAACUUGUCUUUUUUCCCACAUGGUCUCUUACAAUUUUAGCUGUUUUCUGCCCCCCCAACAGUGUCUGAAAAGAACUUCCUGGAGUCUGAGACAGGACUGAAGAUUGUACAGACUGGAGUGGGAGAGGUAAAUGUCACACAAAUACACACUCUGCCGCAUUUGUAGCCACAGAAACAUGAUGCAAUUGUCAAGGAAACAGAGAUAUAAUCUCUCCUCUAUACUCUUGACAUUUUGACUGAAACCUUUUCAUUUGUGGACCCUGCUCAUUAGCAGUGUAGCUCAUGUCCAAUGAGGCUGUAUAGUUUUCACACAGUAGCUGCCAUUAACUUCACAUUGAGAAAGCUCACUUUGACCAAAGGUUGUGUAACAGGAUGGACAACACGACAGCUCAACCAAAGUGAAACCAAACCAGUUAAAGCUUGCUUCACUGCAGUAUAUAUGCAAAUAUUUAAACAUAUGGUACGUUUACAGACACAGUGAAGUUGACCUAUGUUUAUGGCUCAAUUAGGUGAUUUAACUGCAAUCUCCUAGUCCUGGUUUACAAGCUCUAGGCAGAAUCAAAUUAUUACCUGUCUACUUCUGCUGUGGUAGAAGGCAACAUGGCCCCUUUCAUUUCAUACAGCCUUGCUGAUGCAAUACGUGCCUGAACAGAAACACAAAAAACAUCAGACUAGAGUUGUAAAAAGUUGUUCGUGUUUCACCUUACAUGUCUACCUCAGACUAACUCAAGAAACUGUGCUGUGUAUUGACCUGUUUGAUCUUUGCUGUUUAAUAAGUGAUGUGUUUGUUCGGGUCAGCAUCAGUGACAAGACGUCAAUAUCACACUCCAACUAGCCCAUCUCAACAGCGAAAUGCCCCAAAGGCAUUACCAGAUGCUGGGGUUAUUUUAGUUUCUUGUCCAAGUGUUCACAUCACAUCAUGGAUCUUUAAUUACACUCUAUUGUUGCAGUACUCUUAAUAUUAGUCUAUAAAUGGGGGUUUAUUUGUAGUUAAAGUACAUUCUUUGCAUGAGUCAGGUGAAACAGGUCAAAUGGGAAGCACUUGAAACUUGGAAAAUUACUUUAUGAUUAUAUUUGAGGUGCUGUAUGUGACACACACACAUAUCAUACAUUCAUCUCAGCUCAAAUGCUUGUUUUCCAUCUACUGCUAUAUUUUGUGUUGUGAUAUGUUGUGUAGCUGUGUGUAUCUCUUUGUGUGAGUGGACCACCUGGAGCCCUAUCAGCUAGAAUAAAUCAGCAAGGCGACACAUAGUAACAACCAGCAUUUUCACUUGUUGCCAUGGUGCUUUAUCUCCUCUGUCUCCCUCCCCCCUGACUGUGGCUCCUAGGUGCUAUGGCAACAGUCACAAGUGUCAUUAACCUCAUUAUUCGCUGUGCUCAUACAGCCUGCAUCUCUGUUGUGUAUAUAAUGGAUGUAGUGCAGUCAAGUGAGAAAUGUGCAUUAAAUGGGAAAAAGGGGUGGAGUUAAUUGAAAUGGUCAAAACAGAGACACCCUGUCAUCAGCAUUAGGGAUAAAUGCUUGUGAGGUUACAGUAGGAUUAGGACAGUCUACUGUAAUUAUCAAAAUGUUCGGCUCUAAUGUUUGUUCACUUUUUGGAAAUGUUAAAAAUAUUGCUCUGUUUGUCCCUUUUCCCCUCUGAUAUGUUUUUUCAGACGGUCAGUUGAUAUUUUUUAUGACUGAGGUGCACCAGAGUAGUUAACUACACAUACAUCAAGUGGAUGAGUUUAUUUGAAUAGAAAAAACUGUUUUGUCAACUGCUACUAUUUUUGCACAACAUAAUUAGAGCAAAGAAGUUGGUGUCAAGGAUGGUUCUUCAUAUCCUUAAGGAGAUCAUGAAGGAAGCAUCAUUUCCAGCUCCUGUCCACCUGGCCCUCAGACUAUUCAGUUGAUUUGUUUCAUUAAUUUAUUCAUUCAACUUGGUGAUUUUAUUAAUAAAAACAUCAAUCAUUUUUAUGGGUCUCUGCUACAUGGGUAGGUAUUUGUAUCAUGGGUCUAAUGCAGAGACAUAACAGAUUAUUUUUUUCAGGCCUAAUCCCUUUACAUUGUCUCUUUUUAGUUUUAUUGAAUGAUGAUAAAAGCGAGUCAGUUUUUACAAAUGUGCGUGGAAAAAUAAGGCACCUGAUCAAAACAGACAAGCUGAAAAUCAGAUUUUUUUGAGUCUGUGAAGGUAAAGAAAUAAAAAGAAAGACAUGAUAUAACACACUGUGGAUGUGCUCUGUCCUGUACCAGGGUUUAUAGAUCCCCCUGCUGUCUUUUUAAUGGCUUUCUGUAUCAUACUGCCAUGACCUCUUGUUGAAGCUCAGCGUCAGCCUCCCACUGAACAAACCUAACCAUCACAUUCAGUCAUAUGGAGACAAAUGUGUUGUUGAGAUGAAAUAAGUGACCUUUAGAUAUCUGUGGUGGGUGCAAGUUCCCCAGAGUAUUGCAGCUCCAGCCAGUGUACUCUUAACAGUGAGCUUAGCAUGUCAACAAAUGGAGAUUGAGCUCUCAGGAGAGACAAACUUGUUUUCAUGGUGUUUCCUAUCAGUUGCCAUCACCUCUCUCACCGCUCUUCAUGUCUGUAUUCACAGAGGACUGAUGCACGGGGUCUCCCUCGGGUAACCAGGGUUUCCCAGGGCUCCAGUGGGACAGUCAUCACCCUUGUUUCCAUGGCAGUUGUGGGAGGUGUGCUUGUAUUGGCCAUGGCGGUAGCUUGUUUCAAGCACUAUUCUCAGCAAGUAGCCAACGGGAAGCUGGGUUUGGGUCCGGAGGGAGGAGCAGAAACACACUUAGACUAUCAGGUAUGGCAACAUGAAAGGUUUCCUCGAUGAGAACAAUCAUGAAUUAAGAAUAUGUGUGGAGAGGUUGUUGUCUUAAUUUUUCUCUUAGUGUCUACUUGUUCAUUGUGGGGCAUUCAAAAGCUUACCUGUGUUAUACCGGGUUAUAAUUUUAUCUGCAGAAGAAUGAGAACUGAUGACUUCCAGUAGAAAGGCUGAAAUGAAUGAGAAUUAAUCAAAUAGAGGGACAUCAUUAAAAGAGUUAGAGUGUUUUUUUUCCUGAAUCAAAAUAAGUUCUUUUUGGCCGGGUAUGCUCGAGGGCAUUUCCAAAAGAGUUCCUGGGGUAGCAUGGGCAAUUAUUAAUAUAUAAAAACAGGAAUGAACAAAAGUUACAGAAGGUACAGUGUUAGAGUGGAGAGUGCUGAAAUAAAUAGGGUAAUGUUUUACAUAGUUGGUAAAGGUUUACCCUGUCAUUGAUUUAUUAACCAAUACACUUUUUACCCCCCUGUCUUACCCUCAGGAGCUGUGUCGGCAGCACAUGGCCUCCAAAUCCUCCCUCUGCCGCCAGGACUGUGUGGGAGGCAGCAUGGCCGGGUCCGCCAUACCUUCAGGCGCCGGCGGUCGAAGAGGUACAGACACAUCCCGUGUCAGUAGUGUCUCCUCCCAGUUUAGCGAUGGCCCCCAGCACAGUCCAUCCUCCACUCACAGCUCAACACCAUCCUGGAGCGAAGAGCCAGCUCAGUCGAACAUGGACAUUUCUACUGGUCACAUGAUACUGGUGAGCCAAGAUGUAAUAGACAGAAACAAAAUUCACCUAGAUGCAGAUGUUCAACUCCCACAUUUAACAUGUCACCUCUCCGUCAGGCUUACAUGGAGGAUCACUUGCGCAAUAAGGACCGCCUGCAGAAGGAGUGGGAGGCUUUGUGCUCCUACCAGGCUGAUCCCAGUUCUGUAGCUGUGGCUCAAUCUUCAACCAACAUGGAUAAAAACCGGCACGCUGAAUCCCUCCCUUGUGAGUUCAUCCAUGUAUUACAAUCUAUGAUGAUCUGAUGUACCUAUUAAUCAUCAAACAACAAAUCAGUCGUUAACGCACAAAGCAAUGACACUUACUCCUUCAAAUAUUUAGCACAUUCAGUAAUUUGGUAAGUAUAAUCAUUUCUGUUUCUUAUUUUUUUCUUUUCGUACAGAUGAUCACAGUCGUGUGAAGCUGAAGUCUGAAGUAAACCCAAAUAAACAAGACUACAUCAAUGCCAGCAUCAUUGUAAGGACUUUGUAAAACAAACCAUAAAAUAUUGUUUGUAAUAAAUCAUUUUCUCUGACAUUUGGUGAAUAAUACAGAAAACAUUCUCAUGUGUAAGGCACUAAAAUGUCUUCCCGCUAUAUUAUUUUACACUGCAAAUGUCAUGUUUGCCAGAGCUAACCCUCGUCUUUUAGUAUGAAUACUAACACCUGAUCCAGGUCUGAGCUGUAAAUACAAUAUUUAGGGCCCCAAAAAGCCGACCAGGGAUGAACAAUACUGGGAUAUUCUAAAUACUUUCUCCUGUAACUAAAAGAAACUCGGCUCUCUCGUUUGGUUUCUCCCAGUUUGAUCAUGACCCUCGUCAACCAGCUUACAUUGCCACACAGGGACCCCUGCCUCACACUGUCGCUGAUUUCUGGCAGGUACGGCUUGUCCUCUUAUACCUUUAUUUUAACUGCUCCAUACUUAUUUCUUUCCUCUGAUUUAUGCACUAUUUACAACUUUAAACUGAUUCCACAUUUGCCACAAUAAGUAGCCUGUAUGCAUGUCAUGGCACCAAUGUAAUGCCUGUCUUCCACCCUCCAUUCAGAUGGUGUGGGAGAAUGGCUGCACCGUGAUCGUAAUGAUGUCAGCUUUGGUGGAGGACGGAGAGAAACAAUGUGAACGAUACUGGCCUGAUGAGGGAUCAUCACUCUACCACAUCUAUGAGGUUUAUCUCCUGUUAUAAAAGCUUUUAUUUCACAUCUAGAAGUGUAUAUUAAUGAUGCUUUAUUGAGAACAAGCAUUCAGCAUAAUGGAAACAGCCUCAACACUUUAUAGACAAGUUGGCAUAGUAAGGUUGUGCGUUUGUUAAAAAAGUGAGAUAUUUGGAAAUAUUAAAGAUAUGUCUAAGAUUGGUGGAAGAGUUCAGUGAUCAAAGUCAGAUUUUUGAAACUAAUACAGAACAAAAAAAAGAUAUUUCUAACUCUUGUUAGGCAAAACUGUGGUGUUGAAAUGCUUUAAUUGUAUUUCUAAGCAUUUACAGAUGCGACCGGUGGUUUUAAUUUUGUUGAAUAACUUUCAAGUUUCCGUCAUUAUGUUCUCAGUGCAUCUUAAAUGUCAUUUAUCAUAUUUUCAGCAUUAUGAUGCAAAAUGUCACAACCUUUCGCUUCCUGGUUUUGUUUUAUUUACAAGAGACACAGAAACUUCUAAAGUGGUCUGCAGUGAAAACCGCACAGCCUAUAAAUGAUUAACAUGAAGGGAUAUAAAAGUGUUGGUCACAGUUUACAUGAACCCCCUCUUAUGACGAGUCAUAAGCCCAUUUAAGUGAUCAUGAGCAUUCAUAACAGUUUAUGUUAAUGUUUAUGGGGUGUAAGAAGCAGUGGCUCUGUAGGUCAAAUAUUUGAAAUAUUCUUCUAUUGACAUGAUUUCAAGAGAUAUUCCGGCAUAAAAUUUAUUAAGAGUCAAACACGCCGUAACACCGAGUUAGACACCCCCUUGAGAGAUGAAUGUCGCCGACCGCUUGCUUCUCUAGUUAUACCAACUUAAGUAACAACCACAUGAUAGCAAUACACAGGGGUCUGAGGAGCCAAACACAAACAUUUAUGAUCAUUACUUUAUCAUUUCCAUGAAGUAAUAAUCACCAUAUUAAUCAUUUUGCACUGCAGACGUGGUAGUUCUCCUGCCUUAGCGUCUUGGGGCUCUAUUUUCGUCCGCGCCGGUGAGGCGGCGGAGGGCGGCGAGCCCCGCGCAGUUGUAUUUUCGUCUGGCGGAGCCCAGCGUAAGGCCAAUUUGGUAUUUUCGUGGCAUGAGCCGCACGGAGGCGAGCCAAGAUGCGCCAAGCUGGGCGUGGUGGUGUGGCAGGGGGAGGUGUCGACAGAAUCAGCUGGCGCAGUGACAUUUUCGUGCUCGCCAACGGCGUGUAAAGUGCGCUGAAAGCUCGCCGAUUCAAACCUGGUCAGCUUUCAGCGCAAGGCGGAACGCAGCUGGUCUAGAAGUAUUUUGGUAGACCGGCGGCGUAUCGACAUACGUCACUGAUGCCUCACCGGCAGGUUUCCACAGUGUCAGGCACAUUUCAGUGCAAUAAAUAAUCAUCAUCAACUAUUAAUCUGAGUCAGCACAUACAUUUAGAUCUAUAUCGAUAUAUUCUGAUCUAUAUGUGAUCUGAUGAGCGCGUUUGGCACGCGUUUGGACACACAACCUGACCGAAUCAACACAGCAAAUUAAAUUAAAUAUCUAGUAAAUAUACACACAUGAUGAAGUUAACAAGAUAUGUAAUUCGUCUCCCUCCUUUUCUUUCUUCCUCUUCCUCUUAUUUCUCGCACAGCUCGACCUGGACACGUCUCCGUGUCCUCUGUCCGUCUUGCUGCUGCUGCAGCUGAACAGAUGAUUUGUUUCAGUGCUCAGAUGCGUUAUCUACUUUAAGCCUACAUACGGAUAUUAUAAUAUUCAGUUUUGUGAGCCAAAUUUAUUUUAUAUGCCAACAUCUAUGAAAGAAAGAGCCAGGCCACGGAGCGCGAUGCGUCAUUUACGCACAGAUGGUUCAGAUUUUAAUGCCAUUUUUGGAGUUUAUGUUGUGAUCUGUGCGCUCAACCCACCUUUGUCAGGUGAGGUUUGAAUAUGAGCAACUUUAUGUGAGUGUCUUUAUUUGUGGAAAAGGGUGUUUGUCUUACCACUGGGUCCAACAUUACGCACACUAAAUCCAUCUGUGCUCAUAUGAGAGAGUGUGGAGGACACUUGUUGAGGAGCUGCCCUCUGUCGCCAUCUUGUGGCAUUACUGUCUUAAGACGUCUCUUGAUCUCUUUGACUACUUCAUGAAAAUAGUAAUACGCCUCGCCUGUGGCGGAUUUAAAGGCAAGGAGAGGAGCCUAUGUGAUUGGUGAAAACAGGUCUCGGCUGUGUUAAACCCACUUCACGCUUUUCUCCUCCCCGUCUACGACUUAUGGUGCUGGGAGGAGCUGAGUUAGGGAGGGGGGAUACUUACGCCGGGCUGCGCGGCUCACCAAAAUACCAAAAUGUGCUUGGGAACGCCUUGUCAGCGCGGCGGAUCUGACUGACGCUGCGCUUGCGGCACGUCGCCGGCAAGGCACCAAAAUAGAGCCCUUGGUCUGAUUGCAUUUCCAUGAAGAAAUGAUCAUAAAUGUUCUUCCUUGAGCUGCGUCACCCCGCUGUAGUCUGUAAUGGACUGGCCUGAGGUCUUGCUACAAACAAGCAGCUGCUGGAGGAGAGUGGGUGAGUUGUGUUUAGUCUCUUUGCUAAAGAAAUCAGGCAAAGCUAAAAAGAUGUUUGGUGGUUAGUACUAUGGCUGGGACCCUAUAUGUACUGUUGAUGGAGUUGGGUGCUGUUCUGAGCAUUAUUUGUGGCUAUAGAGUGGUGUUUUGGUUAAAGGUUUGUGUGUGGCUCCUCAGACCGCUGUGUAUUGCUAUCCUGCGGUCGUUACUAGAGUAGGUAUAACUAGAGAAGCAAGUGGUCGACAACAUUCAUCUCUCAAGUGGGUGUCUAACUCAAUGUUAUGGUGUGUUUGACCCUAAAUUAAUUUUACGAUCCCUUUAAAUUUGGAAUUUGGAAAUAAAAACCUCAAAGUUUCAUCGUCCCCCCUUUUUCCCACUCUCUUCCGGUUCUUCUGCCACCCCACCCUGUUUCUGCGUCCAUCAGGUGAACCUGGUCUCUGAGCAUAUCUGGUGUAAGGACUUCCUGGUGCGUAGCUUCUACCUUAAGAACGUCCAGACGCAGGAGACCAGAACUCUGACGCAGUUUCACCUGCUGAGCUGGCCAGCUGACGGCAUUCCCACCUCCACAAGACCACUGCUUGACUUCCGCAGGUAAUAAACUUCUCAGUUACACACAUUACUUCCUGUUAGAGUUAGUCACUUUAAUGAGAAGAUCCCAGGUGGUAAGGAUGGUGUGUGUAAUGCCACUGUGACUCAUUAGUCCACCUAUCCCCCUGUCGGUCUUCAUCCAUUAAACCCCCUCUGUGCUGACUCCAUCCGUUAUCUGAGCUCUCUCUCUCUCCCUCUCUCCCAGUGUGCAGGUGGACAGGUUUGUAUUUUAACAUCUCCCAGUGUCAUUUUUGUGGUUUGCAGCUAGUACUCUGGCUCCAGUUGCAUAGUCACAAAAAUGAGCAUUGGCAGGUGUGACUGGCUACUGCAAGAGGGACAGUGAAUAUGUGGCUUUCUUCUUUACCUUUUCUUUCCUGUUUAACCAUCUCACUUUCCCUCACUAACCUCUCCAUUUCUUAAAUCAUCUCCAUACCUAAUGUUCUCCUCUCUAUUUCACUUCAUACUCUACUCUCCCUACAUUUUUCACAGUUCUCUUCCUCAGUGCUGCAUUUGAGACAUUCAUAUUUGUAUGCACUAAUUGUGUCAACACUGCCUGUAACAUUCACUGAAUUUGUGAACAGCACUAAGACUGAGAGGAUCGAUUUUUUCAUUUAUAACAGAGCUUUUCCUCUGUUCUUUGCUCUCCUCUCUGUCUCUGCUGUCCCUUGUUUCUGUUUUUCAGGAAGGUCAAUAAAUGCUAUAGAGGUCGAUCCUGCCCAAUCAUCGUCCACUGCAGGUAAAGAAACCACAAUAACAUCAAAACUGAUAUUAGAUGAGUAAAUGUGUGUGGAAGUGGAAAGCACCCCUGCUAGCCCCCUAUUACACAUCAUUUCAUUAACUGCUGAUACUUAAAGCUUGUGGUCCUGAACCUACAUGAAAGAUCUUUGUAGAUGGAUCAGCCCCAUGUUCCAGUUAACAGUUGAGACACAUCUCCAGCCUUGCAACAGCCUUUUCUUUUUCAAGGAAUUAUCAGUAAAGUGGUGCACACAAACAGCUAUGUUGUGGCAAUUCUUGGUAUUUUAAAAAAAUACUUGCAAGUAACUUUCUAAGACAUACUGGAUUCAACCAAGUGCAGAGAGGAGGAAAAGGUCAAGUGGUGAGGGAACAUUUAUAAAAGCUUCAUGGUGGGUGUGUUACUGAAAGAGCCUCCAGGGAAAAGGCUCUGCUGUCCUCCAACGUUAUCCUAAUUGGAUAACGUUGGAGGACGUAACAAGACAGAACCUGAUGUCAGCUGAGCCAACUUGUCAAAAAGACCCAGAGAAUAUGUGGUUAUGCCAACAGCCAAAUAUCAUGUGGUUUGGGACUUUGGGACAGAGGUUUAGUGUUGAUGUUUAUUAUGAUGAUUAUGUUGUCACUGUUGAAAGGAUUUCAUAAAUUUGAAUAAAAAAUAAAAAAGCUUUGCAUGCCAUCAUGACUGGUCUCCUUUAAAAUACCAUAAUGUGAUGAAUGGGCAUGUAAAUUAAAAGAAUGAUUUCAAACAUCCUUUUUGUCUCUGUCACAGUGACGGCACCGGGAGGACUGGCACCUACAUCCUCAUAGACAUGGUGCUAAACCGCAUGGCCAAGGGUGAGUCUCUCAUAUCAGUACACAGAUGCGACAAAGUAUUUAACAUUAGACUCAACAUUUUCACUCAACAGUAGCACAUAUAUUUUAAGUUUUGAAAAGCCCUUCAGUGCUACACUCCGUUAAGCUGUCAAGUGGUUCUUGGCCUAGUGGUUUAUGGUGUGCUACUAUUGUGGACAGCAGAUGGCACUGUAGUUUCAGUAUAGCUGCAUAAUGCAUGCUUAAGUUUCAAAUUAUUCCAAACUGAGUGACUUAUUAAGGCUAGAUUGCUGGAAUUACAUAAUGUAUUGCUAAACUGAAAUGCCAUAUAUAUUUGUCUGCAAAGCCAGAACAGUAGCUCCUAACUGUUGCUUUUGCUGUUCCUGUUGUUAUUAGGAGUGAAAGAGAUUGACAUUGCUGCGUCACUGGAACACAUCAGGGACCAGAGGCCAGGCUUGGUUCGCACAAAAGUACGGUUAAACUGUGUGUGUGUGUGUGUGUGUGUGUGUGUGUGUGUGUGUGUGUGUGUGUGUGUGUGUGUGUGUGUGUGUGCAAUGUUUAAGCACCUAAAUCCAACACACUAACCAACUCCCCCUACAUCUUCUCCUUUCCCUUUUCUCUCUAUCUUUCACACUAGGAUCAGUUUGAGUUUGCGCUGACAGCAGUAGCAGAGGAGGUGAACGCCAUCUUGAAAGCCCUGCCACAGUGAGGAUACGCACAGAGACAAAUACUCAUGAAGACACGUUCAGUCAAACCAGCUAUGUCCGUCUGGUCAUGUCACUGUAAAUAAGAAUUUGCUCCAACACAUCUGGAGCUGCUACUGCCCUUGAUAUCAGCAUGCAGUAUUUGACCAACUUCAUUCUCUGGGUUUUAAAACCAAACCAAAACUUAUAUUUUUGACCCUUCUUCAUACAACAUCUCACCUGAUUCAAAGAGUUUAAAUUUGCAAAUGCAGUGCCUAUAAUAACAAAUUAAGAUUAAGACUCUUUGGCUAGACAUGAUACGAUGAUGAUCAAUCACCAUGAAGGAUGAUUGGCAGUUUGGCAUUUCUCUGUUGUGCUGAAGUUGAAUAAUGUUGAAGUUUCUGUGACGGCUGAGGUCCGGGUAUUGCUUUGUUUUCUCCCUCUUGAGUGUGCUGGUUCAAGUCCGCCAGAGUUCUGUGUUGAUUUCUGUCAGGUUUUGUUCGUCCAUGCCUUGACAACACGAUUGUUUGCCUCAGAUACUGGCCCUUUGUGGACACUGUUCACUGACCACACAGUUACACACCAUCCCUCUCCGUCUCUCUUGGUUCCUUUAUUGUCUUUUUGUGUACGACCUUGUGAUUUAUGUAAAUAUUCAACUUGAUGAUUGUGAUUAUUCCAUGUAGCAGACAGAUAGAAAAUAUCUAUAAAAAUGUAUUUUUGACUUGAAUAAAUUUGUGAUGUGAUGCAGCACAAAAGACUU